CGGUGGGGUCUGUCCCGAGGACGGUGUGUUCCCCACGUGCUCCAUCCCGCUGGGAUCUGCCCCAGCGGUGCAUGUUCUCCAAACCGGGGUCUACCCUCAGAUGGGCUCCACCUCGGGGCCGUGGCGCCCGGGAGCGGACCAGCUCCUCCUCAAGCUGAUGCCUUUCCCAGAUGAGACGCCCAGAAGCGCAGCUGCCACCGGAACAGAGCAAGACAAUUUGUUUACAAGGCAGGCCCGUGCUCUCGGCGGCCGAGGGCAGGAGGAAGGGGAGGCUGCCGUCUCCGGGUCCACGCAGGCAGCUCAGGGGGAUGGCCUGCAUUGUUCCAGAAACUGGCUCAGAAACUGCUGAUUUGAGGGCUUGGGAGACACUGGAAAGACGAGAUUUGUCCUGUGAGGAGGCCUCUCCUCCUAUCAAUAGCAGAGGGAGCUUGAACAGCCAGCACAGUUAAGCUUUGCCUUCCCCUCUGCAGUGAAUCCCACCAGGAGAUAAGCCCCGCUGGACAUUCCCAACCCUCUGAGUCACCCAGGGUUUCGCCCAGCCACCAGCCAGUGGCCAAGGACGCCAGCUGUGCUGCAGGUCUGCAGCCUCUGAGCACCUGAAGGUGGACAGAAGGAUUCAGGGUCUGAGACGUUUUGCAGCGAAAACUGCAAUCCCAUACUUUUUUCCCAGGAAAAUCUGGUAGCAGAAAUGGAGUUUAGAGAGAGGGGUCAAUGGGACCGAAGGCUGCUGGUGAUUUUUCCACUCUGCAUUAUUUGGCUUUGGAUACUAGUAAAAAUGACACUCAUAAAAGGCCUCUUUUGUGUACCUACAGUGGGAGUGGUUGCUCGGUUGCCAGUUCGAGUAUCAGUGAAUUUUAAGGGCAGACAAGGCCACUGGUGGCAGGGCAGGGGAGCAGUGCUGCUGCAGCUGUAGGGGUACAGUGGAGUGGGGGCUUUGCUUGACAGGGUUUAGUGCUGAAACAUUAAAACCCCAGCAGCCCAGCCCUGCUCGCUGCAGUGUGGCUGGCCCCUGUCCCACUGUGGUCCCACUCACUGUCACAGGGCACUGCACGGCAUCUGGAUCCAUGCACUCCCAGUGAGGUCAGGCUUUCCAGGCGACAGCUCCGAUCAUUGUAAUUCCAAAGGAUUGCAAGGGGUGGGGGAGGAAACAUCUCUAUUUUCCUUCUAUUUUUAUGAGCAUAUGAUAGCACUUUGAUAUGAAAUUACUUGUUUUGCUGCAUCCCUUGGUAUUCCGGGCUGGGCUCCAAGCCACCCGGGGGCAGUGACAGACUGCCAGUGACCUCAAAGGCCGCUGGCCCAGGCCUGGCACCAGCCACUUUCUUCCUUGGUUUGUGUCCAUUUUGCAAAAACAGAGAAGAAAAACCACUCUCACAUGUCCAACCAGAUGAAAAUCCCUCUGCAAGACCACAUUUGAAGACUUUGUAGAUUUAAACUCUAUGGCGACAUUCAGGCUCCGGUCCUUCUGCAGCUCCUGAAACUUCCACCCACUUGGGUUGUUUGUAGGAACAGCCACUGUCUCCAGGCGAUGGGGAUGGAUUAUAAUCUUUGUUCGUGUAUGUGGAGUGACUGACGCAGAUGUUUGUACAAUGGGUGCUUUAUAAAGUGACAAAAUACUUUCAAACUAAGUGGGCAGCAUUGCUCGCUUGAAGGAUGGCUUCCAAAGUACCAUCAAUCCUCCCCUUCGGGAGCUUGGGGCACGGAAACACCGUUCCUCACACGCGAGGGCACAGUGGAGUCUGAAGAUCCAAACCAAGGUGCAUCGCAGGGCACCGAGCCCUUGAACCCAGAGCUGCUCCAGACCGCAGGCGCUACGCAGCACCUUCCCCAUUAUCCACCUCGUGUUCUUCAGUGCCGCCACUGCAGCGACCACAAGCAGCCCUGGCCUGGCUGCGUCCGCGGCCCGAUGAGGGACGGGCAUGGGCUCUCCCACCGGCACCCCGCAGCUGCUGUACCGCAGCACCCGCCUGCUGCGCACCGCCUUCCAGCACCUCCACCAGCAGCAGCAGCGAGCCGACGUCUUCUGCGAUGUGGUCCUGUGGGCUGAAGGUGAGCGGGCAGCAUCGCCGAGGCAGGGGCCGGCGCGUCUGGGGAGAUGCGGGCAGGGCUUCUGCAACCCCCUAGGAAAGACUGGCGUGAGCAGGAAGGGCUGCAGGGCACUAACAGCCGCUGUUGCUUUGCAGGCGAGGCAGUGGUGGCCCACUGCAGUGUUCUCUCCGUCUGCAGCCCCUUCUUCAUGGAGCAGCUGGGCCGGGAGCUGCCCCCCCAGGGUUGCAGAGUGGUGCUGGAGCUGGCGGGGCUGAAGAUUGGGGUGCUGCGCAAGCUGGUGCGCUUCUUCUACACUGCCGAGCUGGAGGUCACGCAGGAGGAGGUGCACGAGGUGCUGGCAGCCGCCCGCCGCCUCCGUGUCACCGAGCUCGAGUCACUGCAGCUCUGGGGAGGACGCCUGGUGAGACUGGGACCCCAGCGGCAGCUGGACCGCUCCUGCCUGCAUUCCACUCAGGAAGUCUCCCCCGUGGUGGCACCUGACACAGCUGAGCCUGGCAGUGCCAGCUCUGGGGUGUCCCCCCAGAGGCAGCCACACUCUCAGGAGCACUCUCGCCCCAGCCCCAUCGGGCGGAUGAGGCUGCGGAAGGUGGAGCGCUGGGGGUGCUGGGAGGUGGUGCGGGAGGCGCAGCCACCCCCUGUCCCUCCACCAGUACCGGUGGUGGCUGUGGGGGUGGCAGAAGCACAGCCCCCUCAGCAUGAGGAUGCACGGGAGCAGGUGAGCGAGUGCUCCCCACCCCGGCAGCCCCCCAGUGCAAACGGGAUGCAGCAGCGUGGGGACGCCCCUGUGUCCCCGCAGGGCUGCCAGCAGGCAGCACCCCCAGGGACCCCGGGAAGUGACACCAAGGAGGAGGAGGAGGAGGUGGAUGUGGGGACAGGGGAGCUGUUCCUGCCCCCUGGCACAGUCUGCCUCUGGCCCAGUCCCUCAUCUGAGUCAGAAGAGGAGGUGGAUGUCCUCACCUAGGGGGGGCUGGCUCUGCCUCUCCCCCCACCAGUAACCUGCACCCCUUGUGCUGCGUGUCCUUGGAAUAAAGGGCUGGAGCUGUGCUGUGGAGUACUGAACUUUAUUGGAGAUUGGGGGGACAACGGGGUGUGGAGGGAGCCAGGGGUCUGGCAGUGGCAGAGCUGCAGCAUCAGGGACGGGACUGGGGCUGGCGGGUGCCCCCCACUUGGUCUCGCCUCUUCAUGGAUGCUCGUGCCGCCUGCACCGGUCCU